UGAAACAGUCGGUAUAGGUUAAGACAAACUUCGAAAUGGAAAUUGCGGGUCUUCGGAAGGAGAUUGGUCUACUUCGUGAGCAAAAUGAACGUAUCAUUGUGGAGUCUAAUUUGUGGAAGGAGGAGGCAGCGCGGCCGGGUAACAAACGUGGUAGCGUCGUGAUUGGGACACCUGAUGGAACCAAUCGGGGUACUCCCAAACCUCGGUGUACAGGCAGUGUUCGAGACGGCGAGACAGGCGAUCGUUGGAAAGAGGAGUAUCGUAAUCUAAGGAGUUUGCAUCGGCUUGCCAACAUCGAGGCGGAGGCGCUAAAAGAGAAACGUGCUGAAGCAGAACGUAAACGAAUGGAAGCAGAGAAACAAGUCAAAGCGCUCGAAGAACAGAUGAGUAAGCUUACUGCGGAAUGUGGCAAUGCGAAAACUGUGGGAGGGACCAAUCUAAAAGAACGAAUGGAGGAAGUGGCCGUCAGAUCAGUUCGGAAAGGGGUUAAAGCAACCCCGGGGCGUGCUGGUGGAAAAUCGACGGUUACGGAAAUCAACGAUCAUGGUGCUUACCGCGGCACGAUGUCUUCACAAGGCCAUUAUGACCGGAAUGAACGUGACCGGGAGCGCAAUGAGUGGGACCGCGGGAGAAGGGAUCGCGAUUCUACUGACGAGCAUGGAGAACGAAGACCGUACCGGCCUCCAACAUGCUUUGCAUGUCACGAAGUGGGACACUAUGCCAAUCAGUGUCCGAACAGGAGCAAACGUUACUCCAACGUGAGACCAUCAACUUCGUUGGAAUCGCGGCGAGCCAGGUCCCCUAGGAGGUACGAACCAAGGUCGCGCGAACCAUCUCCUACUUUGGAUCCGCAAAUCAGGAGCACCAUCGAGAAGCUCGGCAAGAGUGUAGCUAUUAUGGAGGAGCACUACGCCACGGAGCGCGAAAAACGAGAGCAGAAAGCACGUAAGAAGUUGGAGAAGGAAGAGGCUCAACGACGUGAGGCGGAGGAAGCAACUCUUUUGGAGGAGGAACACAUCACCGCGGAAAAGAAAGCUAGGAGACGGAAGCAGAAAUUGAUGUUGGAGGAUCAGCGACGUGCGGAGAUGCAAAAGGAUCUACAGAUCCAGCUUGCGAUGCAUGUAGGCGACUUGGAGGAUCGCCUUAUUCAACGACUGAAUCAAGCUGUGGGAGGGCCGUCGAAGCAGUAUCGGGGCAAGAAGAAGGUGUCAUACCGUUCGGAUGUUGACGAGUCUACCUCUAGCCAAGGGGAUGCGAGUGAUAUAAGUGUUACACAGGAGCUCGGCGCCUGUGUUGAUCGCCUGAAGAUUUCGGAGAAGCGGAAACGUGGCCCCGAGCCCGUAUUUGAAGACCCGAGUCCGCCAAUGGAGCUGCCCGCCAAGCGUACCCCGAAGCGGGGUAUCUUGAAGCCAGUCAAGUUGACUGGAUGAUUGACUCGUUCGAAGUCCAAGAAAGGUGGAGGAGGACUCACCCCCACAUCAGCCUCUAAGAAGAUUGCUACUCCUUUGUCCAAGCGGCGCACCCCGUCGAAG